GCCAGGCGGAAUACGGCCCCCUGCCCAACAUUUUUGCCUUGCCGCCGUGUGCCCAAAUUUUUUUUUCUUUUUUUUUUUGCCUUCCUUCUCUUCUCUGAAGCUUAAUGCCUCAAUUUUUCGGGUGCGAUUUGUUUAUUCCACAUCGAGAUUACCGCAGGGUGGCCGGGAACUCAAUGCCUUGAAGCUCAAGUGAUUUUGUUUUCUUAUAUUUCUUUUUUUGUUUUGGCCAAAAGCAUAAGUGAAGCUGGUCUGUGAUCUGAAGCUGGUCUGUGGUCAGUAAAACAGGCUGGAGAAGCGCAGAAAAAGCAAUUUAAAGAGAUGAAUGGAUUGAAGAAUCUGUUGAAAGGAAAGGGCGUUGAAAUUGCAAAAGAAGCAUUUGAUCGAACAAUUUUAGUUGGGAAAUUUCUUUGCUUUCUUCAUGUUACUAACAACUACAUCUGCAGUCCUACUCUUGUGUUUGGUCCUAGUAUGCUCCCGACUUUAAGUAUAACAGGUGAUUUGGUUUUGACGGAGAAGAUAUCGACUCGUUUAGGGAAGGUGAAUAAUGGUGAUAUAGUUCUUGUACGCUCACCUGAGAAUCCUAAAAAGAUUCUUACCAAGCGUAUUUUGGGCAUGGAAGGAGACAAAGUAACUUACUUGGUCGACCCACAUAAUUCUGAGAAAUGUCGAACUAUUACGGUGCCUAAGGGACAUAUUUGGAUCCAAGGAGACAACAUAUAUGCCUCAACAGACUCACGCCAAUUCGGUCCUGUUCCAUAUGGUCUUGUUCAAGGCAAGGUGUUUUGGAGGAUUUGGCCAAUCAGUGGCUUUGGAUCGCUAGGAGAAGAAGUCUAGUAUUGGUUUGAUAGUAAAGGUGAUUUUUUUUUUUACUGUAAAACAAUCUUACAUUCACAUUUUGAAUCUUUCUGUUUUCUUUCCUUUUGUAAUGCACUCUUUUUUUCACAUUCUUUUAUUACAUGGAACCCUUGGGGGGAGAUUUUAUGUAUGCAAAUUUUGUGGAUCUCUUAUUGUUUCAAACUGAGAAAUAGCAGUGGAGAUGUAAGCAUUGUAAGGUAAGCUAUUGUGCACAAGAGUGGACAAAACAUUUGUUUGCCAGUAUUUGAAACACAACUUAUUGUUCUUGCUAUCUAUAAUAAUAAAACUCCUAAU